AUGAAAGUUUCGCUACUCGAAAAGCUAUGGACUGUUUGGAAUCCAUCGAUUCUCGACAGCAUCGACGGUAGGCCGAUCUCUUCCAGCAUUCGAGGCUUAUUCACAGAUUUUGAGUACGACCGUCUACCUACGAACCCUUACGUCGCUGCACUUCUUCGACCUGAGGUUGUCCUCGGGCUCAUCGUGCUCUACCUCGUUUCCAAGUCUCCCCUACAAUGGGCAAUGAAAGUUACACGCUUUGACUCCACAAGUGGAGCCUUUCACACCUUCAUUGCCCUGCACAAUCUCGGAUUGGCCGUCUUUUCGUGGAUUUGCGCGUGGAAUUCUUGGACAGCGGUCCUGUUACAUGUACAUCAGUUCGGGCUGUGGUCGACGUACUGCGAUCCGGACGGUAGACUUUGGCAGAAUGGCCUCGGCGUGUGGUCAACGAUCUUUUACAUUUCUAAAUACUACGAGUUUCUCGAUACCUGGGUGUUGGUACUCAAAGGCAAGGAUGCGAGCUUUUUGCAAGUUUACCACCACGCCGGUAUUGUCUUUUGUAUGUGGGGUGCAGUAGCUAGUCAAUCUGCUUGGCUCCUUUUUGUUGUGUUGUUGAACAGCGUCAUUCACACGCUCAUGUACCUGUACUUCUUUAUCAAGACGAUCAGCCCAACCACCGAGAUCAAGAUAGCCAAGUAUUUGACUAUGGCGCAAAUUACGCAAUUUAUGGUCGGAAUCACGUGCACCCUAGGUGUUUUGUAUAUGGGAGACUCUUGCGAUUCGCAGAGCUCAAGGUUUGCCUUGGUUUGCUUGCACGUGUACGGAUGGGGUUUGAUUGCACUUUUUAUGGCGUUCGCCAAGCGCAAAUACAAGAAAUCAUAA